UCGCUCGACUCCAUCGGGAGAGACGCGUCUGGGAGUCUCCGGCUUUCUCGCUUCUUCGCUGCUCUCCCUGCGCCCGGGAACUCGUGUUCCUUCCUCCCAGGGAACAUGCCGCGCCGCCCUCCGCAGUGAUCCCCGGACUGAGGCCAUGACAGCCGCUCCGGUAACCCCGCGGGAGAUCAGGGAGAGGCUGCUGCAGGCCAUCGAUACGCAAAGCAACAUCCAUAACAUGGUUGCUGUGCUAGAAGUAAUCUCCAGUCUGGAGAAGUAUCCCAUUACCAAAGAGGCAUUGGAGGAAACUCGACUAGGAAAACUGAUUAAUGAUGUUCGGAAAAAGACCAGCAAUGAGGAGCUUGCCAAGCGUGCAAAGAAACUGCUGAGAAACUGGCAAAAGCUGAUUGAGCCAGUGACCCAGAAUGAACAACUUGUCAGGGGCAUCUCUAACUUACCAGGUUCUGCCAAUGGAGGUGGCUCCCACAACUGCAAAGCAGAGCCUACACCAACUACUCUUCUUGGUGGGAAGCCCAUACAGGGGCUGAAAGACAGGAAUGAUAUUCAGAGGGCACAUUCUCCAAAAGCAGAUAAAACAACCAACAGAAAGAGAAAAGGAGAACAUCGGGAUGGUGGCCUGAGUACCCCAGGACAUGUAUCCAAGCCCAACCAUGAGCUUUUUCAAAACUCCUCACCCCCACCUACAAAUGGCAUUGGGGGAAGUCCCCCUGAGAACCUCCCUAGCCCUCUGGAUGGAGGUUUGCAAUCUAAUAGACUGGAACCUGCUGAGAAUGACAAGCAUGGAAAAAUACCAGUAAAUGCUGUCCGGCCUCAUACCAACUCUCCUGGACUUGUAAAACACCCAAGCACUUCCUCUCUGCUAAAAGCAGUUGUCCUUCAGCAGCACAGUGGGGGGUUGGAAGAUGUCCUUUCUCACCAGCCCAGAAGUCCCCGCUGUUCCUCCUUUAGUCCCCGUGGCACUCGUGCAGAAUUAGCUACACGGCAGCACACCACAUAUGCACCAAAGGGUUCUGCUCCUAGUCCUUCCCAAAGGCUACCGGGUGUAGACUCUGCACAUCAGUCCCCUUUGCACCCUUCUACGCCCCCUGCCACAGCAAAAAGACUGGAGUCCCCUCGACAGGACAGAAUCUCCUCCCCACACAAGCCGGUAGAACAGUUACCCUCCACUGAUUGCCACCAGGUCUUACCUAGAACGUCACAACAGCACACCCCCCGCAGUAGCCUUGUAGACUCUCAAACCCCCCGUACUGGCUUUUCACCAGAGUCCUCAAAAGUAGAUAGUGAUGAUGCAACAUCAGGCUCAGACAACCGCAAGAGGAAAAAAUCCAGACUUCGAACAGAGUUUGAGGGGCAUUCUGCAGAUGGGACUGGUAAACCAGCAAGGGUAAAAAAAGAACGCAAACUAACAUUUGAUGUUAUGACAGGGCAAAUUAAACCCUUAACCCUUAAAGAUCCAGUGCAAGCAGAGAGUACAGCUCCUUCAGAACAACACAGGACUGAGACUGACAAACAGGAUCCCAAGUUAUGCUUGCCUAGUCCCUUUCAGCUUACGAACUGGAAAGAGCUGUCUCGAAAUGAAAUCAUCCAGUCCUAUCUCAAUCGGCAGAGCAGCUUAUUGUCUUCCUCUGGUGUACAGACGCAGAGUGCACAUUAUUAUAUGUCAGAAUAUUUAAAACAGGAGGAAUGCACUAAGAGGGAAGCAAGGAAAACUCAUGUUUUAGUUCCAAUUGUUCUUCCAAGUGAUCUGCCUGGAAGAACCAGGGAAAUCACUAGCAGUGACACAGACAGAAUACACAACCAACAUUGGCCUGGUGUCAAUGGCUGUCAUGAUACACAGGGCAACUGGUAUGAUUGGACGCAGUGCAUCUCAUUGGACCCUCAUGGGGAUGAUGGUAGAUUAAACGUCUUGCCUUAUGUCUGCCUAGACUGAGCGCGGGUCCCAAUUCCGCUUUCUCACAUCCACGGUUUUCACUGCAAAACCCUGGGUCGCUCAGCGACCACCGCUCAUCAAAGGAGAUUUGUCGAGUGAGGAGCCCCCAUUUCAGUUUUGGGGAUGGUAGAUGGAGGGGCUGAUAGAGCCAGAAGCAGAAAAGAGAUGUUUAGAGGGUCACUACUACAUUCUGGGAAUUAUCCGCAGGUGUCUCAGUGCCUGCUGCACCCAUCCCUUUGCGCAAAAUGCUGCUACCGGUUUAAUACUAUAAAUGAGGAAAAGAAAUGCAGUGGAGGGCUAUAUAGCAAGUGAGCUGUAGUAAAAAAAAAAA